GGAUGGUCGACGGCGGCGGAGCCUCCAUCUCGGGACUGCCCGGCCAGGAACCUCCACCGCCUCCCUCACGCGCUGAAGAGGAUGGUUCAUCACCAUCAACUGGAGCUGGCCUUUCAUCACCGUCAACUUCGGCAAGGCCAUCCUCGUUGCCCCCUUUUCUGCACUCCAAGAACAAAGGGCAUCUGUCAGCUGGAGAAAUCGCUGCUUCGACCCAAGUCCAAGAUCAACAUGAAAGACCUGCGAAAUCCCUGUCAAUGAAAGUUGUAGCUGCACCUACAAAUGGAAAAUCCCGAGAUCCAAGCCAAGGCCCCCCUAGGAUGUGUUCAAGGCAAGACUACAAGGUCAAGGAUCAACAACUAGGUACAUGGAAAAUCUAAUUAUGUAAUGAGUGAAAAGAGUUCUCCAGUGCAGCAUCAGAGUCCUGAAGGUCUUUUUCCCACUGCACUUGAUACAUCACCCACCACAAACUCUGAAGCUCUUUGAUUUCUUCUAUUGCUUCACAACUAGUCACUAGUUGUACACUAGUCACUAGUCAAUACUGUUGUGCAACUUGGUUUUAUUCUAUAUCACCAUGUUCCUAUAUUUCCCAUCGAUCAGCUAGCAAUGGUUAAGUUAACCAUCUAGAUAAAAUUUCUGUGUGAUUAGGCAUUUAGAAGUAUUUACAUUCCUAAAGAUGUAAAGAUGUAAUGGUUAAGCAUUCAGAGUUAUUAUUAAGCAAUAUUAAGUGUGAUGUAAUAUUAAGCAUUCAGAAUUAUUUAUAUUUAUAAAGAUCAACCAGCGAUCAAUCAGCUA